AUGAAAAUGCCAAUGAAAGGCCGUGAAAUCACAUCGAACGUAACAAAAUCAAAUAACAACAAAAUGGUGCUCGCUUUGCUUGCGCUAGCUGCGCUGCUGCAACUAAACGGCGGCAGCGGCGUCGCAGCGCAUUUGAACGUGUUUCUGAAUCCAGAGGAGGUGAUGCGAUUGCUUGGCGUCUCGGCUGAGGUUUACUAUGUGCGCGAGGGCCAUAUCAACAACUAUGCGCUCAAUUUCAUUGUGCCGGUGCCGGCGAAUGUGCGGGACGUGAGCUUCACGUGGCAGUCGCUGGCGGGGCGGCCGCUGCCGUACAGCCUGAACGUGGUUAGCUCCGACCAGGAGGUGCUGCCGCGGCCGGCGCUGAAUGUGUCGCACAUUGGCGAGAUUCCGACGCACAUUCAAACGUGGGCGGUGGCGCUGAGGUGCAGCGGAGUGCGCGCGGCGGAGGUGGAUGUGACCAUCAGCAUGGAGGUGAUGCUGAAUCGUGCUCUGAAUAAUGUCACCCACUUGGUAUUCCGGCGCAAGAAGAUCUGUUUGCUCACUGACAGCGACGAGGAGCAGCUGCAGACGGCGGGCCACGAUGUGGAUGACCCACAGCUGCUGGAAACAGUGCUGCCGCCGCCCACGGGCCUCAUCACCCUGGUGGUGGGCGUCACGGUGGCCAUGAGCGCCGUUUGCGUACUCCUCGUGAUUGCGUACUGUGUGCGCGGCGCGGCGGCCAAGCGGCAGCACCAUCAGCACGGCGGCCAGCCGAUGCGCACCUCCAGCUUCCAGCGACUGAACACGCAGCCGCCGUGCCAGUCGUCCAUGGGCUCCGCCGCCUACAUGACGCCCUCGCUGAUCGGGCCGGCGCAUGCCUCGUCCCUGCCCCGGAAGGUAGCGGUGUGCGUGGAGCAGCAGCAGCAGCCGGAGGAGCUGCAUCGUCGCAUCUCCGAGCUGACCGUGGAGCGCUGUCGCGUGCGGCUCUCCAGCCUGCUGCAGGAGGGAACCUUCGGGCGCGUCUAUCGCGGCACCUACAACGACAGCCAGGACGUGCUCGUCAAGACGGUGGCCCAGCACGCCAGCCAGAUGCAGGUGCUGCUGCUGCUGCAGGAGGGCAUGCUGCUCUACGGCGCCUCCCAUCCCGGCAUACUCUCCGUCCUGGGCGUCUCCAUUGAGGACCACACAACGCCGUUUGUCCUGUACCCCGCCGUGAACAACACACGCAACCUGAAGCUCUUCCUGCUGGAUCCCGCCUGCGCACGCACCGUCACCACCAUCCAGAUUGUGAUGAUGGCCUCCCAGCUCUCCAUGGCUCUGGACCAUUUGCACAGCCAUGGUGUGGUGCACAAGGACAUCGCCGCUCGGAACUGCGUUAUUGACGAUCAGCUGCGCGUGAAGCUAUCCGACAGCUCGCUAUCGCGCGAUCUCUUCCCCUCGGACUACAAUUGCCUGGGCGACAGCGAGAACCGGCCCAUCAAGUGGAUGUCGCUGGAGGCACUGCAGCACAAGCAGUUCUCCGAGGCGAGUGACUCCUGGGCCUUCGGUGUGCUCAUGUGGGAGCUCUGCACAUCGGCCAAGCAGCCCUACGCCGAGGUGGAUCCCUUCGAAAUGGAGCACUACCUGAAGGACGGGUACCGCCUGGCUCAGCCUUUCAAUUGCCCUGAUGAGCUAUUUACCAUCAUGGCCUACUGCUGGGCUCUGCUUCCCGGUGAACGUCCAACCUUUGCGCAGCUGCAGUCCUGCCUAUCUGAUUUCUAUUCACAGAUUACGCGCUAUGUCUAGGCGGCCGUCGCCUUUGGGGCGUUAGGAGCGCGCACUUGUAAAGGGCGUGGCUAGUCCAUAAUGCAGCGCAGCGACGGUCCUCGAAUUCCUCAUAAUCUUACCAUAGUUAGCCGAAAGUCCAGUUAGUCUAUGUAAACGUUGUUAUAUUGCCAAAUCUUAUGCUUAGAGUCUCAUGGUCGGUUUUUGUAUAUAGUUUAUAUCGUAACACGAUUUACGUUCUAAGUUCUUGAUUAGUUUCAUUCACGAAAGACUCAAAUACCCGCACAUACACACACACACACACACACACACACAACUACACAUACAUAUACAUAAUCAGAGAUAUGUAUGCGACUUACAUAUUGAGAUUGGCCAGGCUUUUCUGCAAUCUCCGAGCAUUUACUUAAGAUAAGUGUAGCUAAAGAACCUUGAACC